AUGUUCAACCCAAGGAACAUGGCUGAACGAAAGAGGAAGCCCAAGUUUUCCAAGGAAGAACUGGACAUUCUGGUCACUGAGGUGACCCGAAAUGAAGCCAUGCUGUUUGGGAGGGAGACAAUGCGUCUAUCCCAUGCUGACAGGGACAAGAUCUGGGAAAGCAUAGCCAGGCAGAUCACAUCAGUCAGCCAGGUGCCCAGGUCUGUGAAAGAUAUUAAACACAGAUGGGACGACAUGAAGAGAAGGACCAAGGACAAACUGGCCUUCAUGCAGAGGUCCCUGUCCAGCCCUGGCAGCACGGGGCGGCCCUCGGCCAUCGUCCUGACUGCCCACGAGAGAGCCAUCGAGUCCACACUGCAUUCGACACGCCAGAGGCACGGCUUCCGGAGAGCGGAUCUGGACGUGGUUGACAGCCCGUCAACAAGCUCUGAUGAAGAUGAAGAGAUGCCAGGCACUUCUCAGGGACACUGCUUCUCAUCGCUGCAGAGGGCCAGUGCAGGAGCCAACCAGCCCUCCAGGCCCUCCUUUCUCCACACUUCAUCCUCCUCGGAGCAGUCAGAAGCCACCAGGCAAAGGCAGGAGCUGCACUGUCCAUCCCCACACACCACCUCGUCCUGCAGACCCCCGCGCUCCUGCACAAAGAGCCCUCCCCUCUCCAGCUUCGACCGUCAGCUUCUCCAUUCCCACAUGCAGCAAACAGAGCUGUUCAGGCAGUUCUGCCAGGAGCUGGUGGCUGUUCACAGGGACAUGGCAGACAGCAUGCAUGUCAUCGCUCAGAGCAUGGCUGACCUCACCAGCCAGGUUGGCCAGUUGUGCCAGACCCUGUCAGAAAUCCGUGAUGGGGUCCAGGCUUUCCAUAGGAUGCAGGAUCCUAGUGUCGUGCAGGGCUCUCCUCCUCAAGCAGCUUGCUCAAAACAGCCCCCUGAGCCCAGUGCAGAGUCUAACCAAAACACCCCAAAACAGACCCCUCCUGCACGGAUUACCAGGUCACGGAAGAGAAAAUGCCAUCUUUAGUUUGCAUCAUAUAAAGUAAAGAAGGGUGCCCCUUCCUCGAGCUGCUGCAUGUUCAUGUGGCCUCUCCAUCUGUAUCAGUACUCUGUGGGGAAGGUCAGCAGCUACCCCAGCCAGUCCAUCCCCCUGCUAGCUAACAGCAGUAUGAAUUGUGGCAGCUGAAUAGUAGGGCUGGCCCUCUGCAAUGGCAAAGAGGAAUCCGUAAUCUUAUAGAGCUUGGAAUGUAGGACAUCAUUCUAUUCAUAGAUAUUAGGAGUUUUUGCUGGGCUCCCUAUGCUUUGAAUGCUCUAUAAACUAAGAGAUACAAUAGGAAUCAUUGUCUUGAUCUCUUCUUGUGCCUGUGAAAUGUUAUUUACUGAGACAGUGUAUUACAGAGCUCUCUUUACAAGCAACCAACAAAUAUGCCCUACUACUGCCUUCCCAUCAUCUUCCUGCAAAUUAUUAUGUGUAGUGUGCAGAGUCACAUCCUUAUGGCUCUAGAGACUCUUACUGUCAUUAUUACCAGCAGGAAUGGAUAAUCCAGGGCUUACUGUGAUUUAGGAAUAGGUUUGGGGAGAAAGAUAUAAAGCAGAGCUUGUGCAAGGAAGGGAAGGAAACACAAUGCUGAGGCCAGAAGGACAGGUCUGAGCACUGUGUGGUUUUAGAUUGCUCAGAAGGGCUGCAAUGGCAUGUGCCUGGAUCCUGCAGUGCCACAUACACUUCCAUCAGAGAGUUUAACCUUUGUCUGCUCCAGUCUAAAACCCCUACCUGCAGUUACUUAUAAUGUGACAGCAUUUAAAGGUAAUUGUACCGUAUUAUU